GGCGGCGGGAGCCGGAGCGGCGGGCCGGGCAGCCGCACCAGCGAGCGGACGAGCGGGCGGCGAGCAACGCGGAGCGCGCGGGGCAGCGCGGAGGGAGCGCAGCGCGCAGCGGUCGGAGCCCAGAGGCCGGAGCGGCGCCGCCCCCGCCGUCCCUGCGAGGCCCCGGCCGGGAUCUCGACGAGGGAGCCGGCGGCAUGGCCCGGCAGCCCGGGGCGCGGGGGCGCUAGGUCCCGGGCGGGUGCCCAUUGCCUCGCCGCCGCCACUCCGCGCCGCACCGCGCGCCCCGCCCGCUCCAGCCGCCCCCGGGGCCGCCGGCGGCCCAUGAGCCCCGGCCUCAAAGUUUGCGGCGGGCGGGCGGGCGCGGAGCCUCCAAGAUGCCGUUCCACCCGGUGACGGCGGCGUUGAUGUACCGGGGCAUCUACACCGUGCCCAACCUGCUGUCGGAGCAGCGCCCGGUGGAUAUCCCUGAGGACGAGCUAGAAGAGAUCCGAGAGGCCUUCAAGGUAUUCGAUCGAGAUGGCAAUGGCUUCAUCUCUAAGCAGGAGCUGGGAACAGCCAUGCGCUCCCUGGGCUACAUGCCCAACGAAGUGGAGCUGGAGGUUAUCAUCCAGCGGCUAGACAUGGAUGGUGAUGGCCAAGUGGACUUUGAGGAGUUUGUCACACUCCUGGGACCCAAGCUCUCCACCUCGGGGAUCCCAGAGAAGUUCCAUGGAACUGACUUUGACACAGUUUUCUGGAAGUGUGACAUGCAGAAGCUGACAGUGGACGAGCUGAAGCGACUCCUCUAUGACACCUUCUGUGAACAUCUGUCCAUGAAGGACAUCGAGAACAUCAUCAUGACGGAAGAGGAGAGCCACCUGGGCACUGCUGAGGAGUGCCCUGUGGACGUGGAGACCUGUUCCAACCAGCAGAUCCGCCAGACGUGCGUGCGCAAGAGCCUGAUCUGCGCCUUUGCCAUCGCCUUCAUCAUCAGUGUCAUGCUCAUCGCAGCCAACCAGGUGCUGCGCAGUGGCAUGAAAUAGGCACCAUGUGGGUGCCCACCUGGCGUCCGCAGCGCCCACUCCACACCCACCGCUGCCUGCAGCCCUUCCCCCCAGCUUGCUCCCUGGGCCACCAACCCUGGGCACUUCGAGCCUGGACAUGGACCACCCAAUCCUCACCCCACAGGCCUUGCAUGGAGCCAUGGCCCAGCUGUGGAGGACCUGGUGGUGGCUUUGAGGACAGCCCUAGCCCCUAUACCCUGCCUGUGCCCUCACCUGGCCUGCGUGUAGCAUUCACUUCCCACCACUCAGGAGCUCCUGGAAAAGGAGAGACUUGCACAGGAGCCUCCAGGAUCCAGUUAGUGCUGUGAUCUUUUAGGCAAGCAAGAAACUCGUGUCCAGAGCAGUGGGCAGGGUGGAGGUGGGCACAAGGCUGAGGCUCCUGGGUCUCUUUCUCUGACACUCCUUAGACCCAAAGCUAGUCCUCCAUGCACUUUCUGGGGCCUGUGUCUGCCCAUUUCACAGGUGAGGAGCCUGAGGCUUUAAGGGCCUGAGAUCUGGUUUCAGAUUCUUCUUCCACGGGGCUUUUCAGGAAAGGCAGAUGCUCACGCAAGAUGGAGCAUGAGAGGGCCCCAAGGCCCAUGAAUUUCCGAGCCACCCACCAAAGGCUUAGAGACCAAGGGCAGAACUGUCUCCUAGCACAGAACCUAGAAGCCCAACUGAGGAAGGAAGCAGAGACCCUGAAGCCCGAGUGACUCCCCACUGGACAGGGUGUAACCUUGGAAGGCCCUGAGCCACUCCCUAGGGAUCUGAGUCCCCUGAGGGUCUGCCACAGCCCUACACUCUCAGUGGCCACAGACCACUCUUCCAAGUCCAGGGCCUGCCCUCUUGGGGGGCCCCCCUUCUCUGCACCCUCGAGGCCGGAGACCAGCUCUCACGCUUGCUCCACCUGUGUCACACCAUUUCUUGGCACCAGCUCAGCCUGGGCAGAUGCAAGCCUACAGCUCUUCAGGGGCCGAGACGGUUGGCAGUCCUCAGCUCCCUUCCCCAGCCUGGGGCCACUUACUAGCUGGGCUGUUGCCACACUGGCAUACGCUAUGCCCAGCCUGGCUGAGCCUCUACUACCUUAAGUACCCUGGAGGGGCCACUGUCUCACUCCAGCCCACCUGUCCCCUGAUGGAGGCAGGAGGACGUAGCCAAGAACAGCAUGCCAACAAGAGACAGGCCAGCCAUCAGGACAGACUUCCUUUAUAAACACUGGGGUGUUUCUCACCCAUCUUCUUGAGAAAUGCCCCGGGGAUGGUGGGUGGAUGGGGAGGCCAGGCUCAGAGGCCCCAGGGCAAUGGAGGGAAGGCGGCUCUGCUUCCUAGGUUGGGCAAUUGUCUUUACGGUGACUGAUGAGACAGGUGGGAAGUCAGGCAGGGAGGUGGGGAAGAGCUCAGCCCCACUGGACUCUGGACUGUACGGACCAUCCUCCGGGUGGGGGUGCCCGCAGGGAGGGGGGCAGCUCCUGCAUUGGCGGCCAGCCGACGGGGUACUGGAAGACAGUGGUUCUGAUGGGUUCAGCUCUGGAGAGGAGAAAGGUAGAGGGUUAGAGCAGGGUACCUCGCAGACCCACCUUGCUCUCCCACUAUACUGACUGACAGAAAGGGUGGCCACCUGCAGGGCCCUUCUGGAAGUAGAACCUUGAUAACAUGCAGACCCUCUGAGCCCAAGGUGGGGGCUGGCCAUGGAGACUGAACUACCAGAAUGGCCUUGGGCAAUAUGGAAGUACCCUUAGCGUCCACCUGUGAGGACUGGUUAAAUAUUUAUGCACGUCCACAGCAGAGAAUGCUAUGCAGCCUGUGUAAAAAAAUCAAGGCCUAUAUGCACUGAUGAAGAAAGAUAUACUAUGUAAGGAGAAAAAGCAGCUUAUAAAAUAAUGUAUAUAGCAUGAUACUAUUUUUGUUUAAAAAUAUAGAACAUAUAUAAAUGCAUAAAAACAACCCUGGAAGUUAC